AUGGGAAAAGGCAAUUUCCAAAGACGCAAAGGGAAAAAACCCGGGAAAAACUACAUGCCAGGAGCUUCUAUGAGGGGCCAUCUCAUGGCAAAGGGUUUUAAUGCUGCAGCAACAAACCAUGAGAGUACAAGAGAGACUGCUACUCCCGAUGCAGCCGACAUACUUUCAAUCUCAGGAUUGGGCCAAUCGUAUUCGUCGACAGAAAAAGGAAUGUUUGCUCAUGACCCUACCAGCCGAAGUGCGUUUGAAGAUCUGGGGAUACUGUAUCUACAAUCUCCGUAUGUUUUGUCCUCCAUUUCCAAUAUGUUACGUCACGAGAGCGUAUAUCUAAGAUACUUCAAGCCGGCGGCAGCAAACUCAUCAGCGUCGAAAGAUCGACGGGGCAAUAUAAUCGCGACAAGCGAUUCUUCCGAUAUUCUCGUUACGGCUAUCGAAUCUAUGUUCAAUCUCUCCGUCAUCUGUCGCCAGACGUAUCUCGACAUUGUGGGUGGAUCGCUAUUAUACAAACUGAGGGGUUUCCGAUUUACCAGCCCGGAGAUUAUGGCCCACUUUUUCGAUAAGAUUCAAGGGAGCUGGAACCUCAUUCCAGACAUUUCUCUUGAAUUUGAAGUCAAGUGUGGAGGGGACUUCGGGUUUGUGUGCUGGGCUGUCAUGCUUUUAACCAGCUCCCACAAUCUGGAAAAAUUGAAGUUGAAGAUAAGCGUAUGUGCCGUGAAAGAAGAGGAAGACUUGAGGGAUCACCCACAUAAUGUGUUCAAUAGUAUCGUGGGUAUAAAGACUUUAUGGGAAUGGAUUGAUGCGGGGUUGAAGAGAACACACCGCCUCAAAGACUUCUCCGUGGAACUCAUCGGCGAUGACAGCCUGUCUUCAUACGUUAAAUUUGGGGGUGAUAAGGAAGGAUGGUAUCUCUUGAGGAACUGGGAUGCUCUGAAACAUAUCGAACACGAGGACAUGUUGCAUUUGGGGAAGAUGCUCACAAAAAGAUAUCCAAUUUUUAGUGGUCUAACGAAUGGCUGGAAUAGAGACAACUUAUUUAAAGACGACGGUAUAUUGCUUGACUACAAGGAACCUGUCGCUACCCUGGAGGAUGCUCUGGAUAUUCUAGAGGAGGAAGAGGAGGAAGAGGAGGAACUGGAGGCUCAGGAGGACGAUGACGCAGGGGUGGAUAUGGACAGCUAG